CACAAUUUCCAUCAUGGAGAAUGGCUCCGCUCUUAGAUCGGCGACUGGUCGGCCGGGUUGGAAAUGUGUUCUUACUUUUUAAUGAGGAUAUACCUGGGCCAGAUGAAACGAAAGAAACACACUGUGAAUAUGAGGGACAACAGCCUCACGAAAGUGUGCUCAAAAUGUAAGUAGUGAUAGCAUUUUCCACUGGACCCCAUGAUAGUGUUUCCCUGAACUAGGUUUCAGUGCUGAAGUGUUUUUGAUUGGAGAAGUUUAUUGAGAAGAAAAAAUAUCAAAAUGAUGUGCGACGUGAUGCCGACGAUCUCGGAGGACGGCUCCAACGAUCGCGAGUCGCAAGGUUCAGGAGAUGAAUCCAACUUUGAGCAAUUAAUGGUAAACAUGCUCGACGAACGGGACAAAUUGAUGGAGACCCUUCGCGAGACGCAAGAAACCUUGGGGGCGACGCAGGCUAAGCUCCAAGAAGUCGAAAAAGACCGGAACAAUCUGCAGAAACAGAUGUCAGCUACGACCCCUCAGGAAUUAGCAACAGUAACAAAGGAGCUGAAUCAGAUAAGGGACCAGUUGUUAGAACGUGAAGAAGAAAUUGCAGAACUGAAAGCAGAACGGAACAACACAAGGCUACUGCUAGAACACCUUGAGUGCUUAGUCUCACGGCACGAGCGAUCCUUGAGAAUGACUGUGGUCAAAAGGCAAGCAUCAUCACCAGCAGGAGUGUCCAGUGAAGUGGAGGUCCUGAAGGCUUUAAAGUCUCUCUUCGAGCAUCACAAAGCCUUGGAUGAAAAGGUGCGGGAGAGGUUACGAGUAGCAUUGGAAAGAGUGGCACAGCUAGAGGAGGAGCUAGCAGCUGCUAAUCAAGAGUUGUUCACACUUCGAGAACAGCAGAGUAAAUCUCGUCAUUCAAGUGGCAGUGUAGAUGAAACUCGUACAGGAAAAUCAGGGUCUAUAGAUGGCAUGCAGCCUGAUGGAGAGCAGCAAAAUGCUGCACAGUCUCAUCCAAAGCGGUUAUCAAAUGGCUCCAUUGAUCCAGACUCUGAUAUCACCAGAGUACUUGAGCUUCAAGACACUGUGGAGAAACAGAACACAGAACUGACAUCAUCACGAACGCGUGUUCUGGAACUGACCAACAGGUGCACAGAACUUGAAGAGAGCCUGAGUACUACUCAAAAAGACCUUAGCAAAGCUCAGGAACAGCUGGUCAAGUUGCAGAGGGAUCUGCGAGAGUCACAAGCUCAGAAGGAGGACCAGGAAGAACGUAUUGCCACCUUGGAGAAACGGUACCUCAAUGCACAGCGAGAGUCUACCUCAGUCCACGACCUCAAUGACAAGCUUGAGAAUGAGGCUGCAAUGAAGGAUGCUCAGAUCAAAGCGAUGGAGGAGAAGAUACGAUCACUUUCAGACCGAUUGGACUUGUCAGAACAGCGCUUACAGCAGUCUCUGAAAAAAGCAGAAGCUCUGCCCACCAUGGAGGCUCAGUUACAGCAACGCAUCGAGGCUCUGACCCAGGCUGAGGAGAGGCACGGGUCAACAGAGGAACGGUUGUCAACAUUGGAACAAAACCUUCAAGACAAGGAAUCGGAGCUACAGAGGGCACGGCAGAGAGAAAAAAUGAAUGAGGAACACAAUGCUCGGUUAUCAGCCACUGUUGAUCGGUUAUUAUCAGAAUCAAAUGAGCGGUUACAAUUACACCUGAAGGAACGUAUGGCUGCAUUAGAAGAAAAGAACCAGUUAACCCAGGAACUGGAGCGUGUUCGCAAAGCACUUGAUGAGACACAACAAGAGAAAGAAAGAAUAAAUGAUGACCUAUUGCAAUACAGACGAGAGGUGGAAACGCUACGUAUGCAGAUAGAGCAGCUAAUGAGGGCUGGCUACGUCUUUGAGGAUAAUGUCUCGAGGCGACAUCAGAGAGGGCGUGAACAGGCCAUGGUGGAAGAUCCAACCAAGGUCAACACACUGAAUGAGCAAGAAUGGGAGAAACUGCAGCAAGCACAUGUACUAGCCAACGUGCAGCAAGCAUUUGAUGCCAGCGAUACGGAAGGAACAGAUGAUAACGAAUCACUGUUUGGUGCGGUGGAUCUCUUGUCACCAACUGGUCACACAGAUGCCCAGACCCUGGCACUUAUGCUGCAGGAACAGUUAGAUGCCAUCAAUAACGAGAUCAGACUCAUUCAGGAAGAGAAGGAAAGUACGGAGCAACGUGCAGACGAGCUAGAGAGCAGGGUAGGGUCUGGUAGUCUUGAUGCCAUUGCCUCUCGCUGGCGUGGGGGGUAUGAGCGAUCCUCCCCCCCUCUCAGUGGGCGCUCCACCCCCACCCCUAGAUCCUCCCAGUCUCGAGACAUCUUGCAGAAAUACAACACUGCGCCUGCUGGCAUGUCAGCAUCGCAGCUGUAUACUUACUCCUCCUCCAGUCCGCAGCUGGCGACCUCCACUGACCCUGCAGCCUCACAGCAGCUGGAGCUCUCAAAUAUUUCUUCAUCUGAUCCAGAUCAGCAGUACAGUCGUGAUGACAGCACAAUUGGAUCCAAAGAAGAGUCUCGGCAAAUCAAAUGUGAAUCCUCACCGCCAACACCUCGCUCCCUUCGCCUUGAGAGAGUUGCAGCUGCUUUGGCCAAAAGUCAGAGUGAUACUGCAAGUCGGCUGCAUGAGAUAACACGUGGUUCCAGUAGCCCACUCAGCAGUCUCCACAGCAGUCAGGACUCACUACAUAAACACUCAAAGAAAAAGGGUUUAAAGAGUUCACUAGGCCGCCUUUUCUCAACCAAAAAGGAGAAGCAGAAGUCCAAGGAUGCAUAUGCCAGGGAGAUGGCAGCAGCUGCCUAUGGAGACGGAGGUGAUGCCAGUGCUUCUGACCUUGCCAUUGGUCUAGGGCAGUCCGAGUUUGACCGAAGAAUGAAGAAGAAACAUGAGCUCUUAGAAGAAGCUAUGAAAGCAGCGACCCCAUUUGCUUUGUGGAAUGGACCCACCGUUGUGGCCUGGCUAGAGUUGUGGGUUGGUAUGCCAGCAUGGUACGUAGCAGCCUGCCGUGCCAAUGUCAAGAGUGGUGCCAUCAUGUCAGCUCUGUCUGACACAGAGAUCCAGCGAGAAAUUGGUAUAUCCAACCCACUUCACCGGCUCAAACUUCGGUUAGCCAUUCAGGAAAUGGUCUCACUUACUAGCCCAUCUGCACCAAAAACAUCUCGUACAACUUUGGCAUUUGGAGACAUGAACCAUGAGUGGAUUGGAAAGGAAUGGCUUCCUAGUUUAGGUUUGCCACAGUACCGGUCACACUUCAUGGAAUGUCUGGUAGAUGCUCGAAUGCUUGACCAUUUGACAAAGAAAGACCUUCGCGGACAACUGAAGAUGGUCGAUAGUUUCCACAGGACAAGCUUGCAGUAUGGUAUCAACUGUUUGAAGAAGAUCAAUUAUGAUCGAAAAGAGUUGGAACGAAGACGAGAAGAAAGCGCAAACGAAGUUAAAGAUGUGUUGGUCUGGUCAAACGAGAGGGUGAUCAAAUGGGUGCAGGCCAUCAACUUAAGGGAGUACGCCAACAACUUGAUCGAAUCUGGUGUUCAUGGGGCACUCAUAGCACUUGAUGAGAGUUUUGACCACAACAGCCUAGCAUUAGCCCUACAAAUACCUACGCAAAACACACAGGCAAGAAUGGUUUUGGAACGAGAGUUUAAUAAUCUUCUGGCAAGAGGAACAGAUCGCCGUUUGGAUGAGGGUGAGGGAGGUAAGCUCCGACGUGCCCCAUCUUGGAGGAAAAAGUUCCGGACAAAAGAUCCAACCGGCAAGACUGUAGAGGAAGCUGAUCCAGGUGUUCCCAUAGGGGCCACCCCUGACCCUUUCUCGCAGCCCUCACCUCAGCAUGCUCGUCGAGCCACAGCCACAGCCACGGCAACCAGCACUGCUACUCCUCCUGCUGCUGGUGCUGCUGCCAACAACACUGCAACCGGUGUCGAGCCCUUGCCGACUAGUGGGCUUCCAGUUUCAGCACCUACACUAUCAGCAGCUUCCACCACUGCAAGAAAGAUCAGCGACAAUGCCAAACCAUAUUGAGGGAACACUUUAGUCAUGGAGCAUCAUGGAACGCUGUAGUAGCAGCAGGAGAUUAUUUUUUUUCUUCGGAAAAAAACAGAUGGGAGAAGAUGUUGCAUUUUUUCCCCUGACAUCAGGGCAGGAUCUGAGCAACAUUGCACUGUUGCUAAAUCAUCUGUGAGAGCUUGGGGAUAAGAUCGCAGCAGCUCUCCAGUUCUUCCUCGGUCCUUAGGGCAGCAUACGACCAAAGCUCCCUCAAACCAGAAAGUCCAUUUUCUGUUUUAUUUCCAGAGAGCAUUUGCACAAUUAUGUUUGUUCUCUGUUAUUUAGCUACUAGUCGAAGUUCAGGUGAGAGAAUACACAGCUCCCAGCAUUGGGAGCUUUAAUUUCAGUUUUGAAAAAUGGUCACAAUAUAGAAGCAACAUAUCCUUUGGAAAGCGUUAAUGCUUGUAAUGCAAGUUAUCCAUUGAAGCGUCUGGGCCUGGCAGCUGCAGAUGGCAUAUUGUGAAUGAACUGGCUCGAGACGUGUUGAAGAGUGUUGUGAUGGCAGUGAAAAUGGCAUUCCAGCACUGCAGAUGAGUGAAAAAGAUUGAUGAGGCCACAGCAUUGUUGUCGAAAACUUUUCUUCGUGGGCACAACUUUGUUAUACAGAGAAGAUGGCGCAUGUUGUUCACAAUGAACAUAUGAAGGGCUUGUAGGUGGCACAGAAAAAAGGGAUGGCAUUUCUUUACUGUGGUGGAUGUCAUACAUCUUAUCUCCAUGCACGAAAGGAGGAGUGAAACAAAAAUGUAAUCAGAACCUGUGUAGUCUUGUAUGCCAUCAGAGAAUUGUGGUGACUGCAUGCUAGAUCUGAUUUUACUGCAUUGACGUAUGGCAUGGUGCAAUACUCGUGCUGCAAGCAUCAAUUGAGAGUCACCGCCUUGGGCUGACACCUAUGGUAAUGCCAAGGGACGUAGGUGUCCGGAAUUCAUAGCUGGUUUGUGCAAUAUCUCACCAUGCAAAUCUCUUGUGUCAGUCUCUCAUGACUAUCACUAUUAGAGAUCCACCUGCCAACUUUUGUCAGCGGUGGCUUCAACAUCUGUCAUUCAUGGCUGAAUCUGUUAAGAGAGAGCUGCGAUGAGAGUUCUUCAACGUUAGGUGAUCAUUGUUGAGUGGUAUGUUAAAAAGAGCACUUGUGAAUGUACAAGUGGCAAAAGACAUUGGAAGGGGGGAGGGGUCCUUUAAUUUUAUUUUUGCAGGCAAUGGCGUUCCUUUCUUUAUUCAUAUGUAUUCAGAAAUUUUUAAGGAUCUGUCCUGCAGUUGCUGGUUGUUUUUACCUGGACUAGAAAGUCUGUGAAAUGAGGCAUGUGGUUCAUGCACUUUUUUCUUGUUUGUGAAUGGGUUACACUUGCAGUCUCUAUGUCCUUCACAUUCUCUGCCCCUCUUCCCCCUGUUCCCUCCCCCGAAUGAGAGAGGAGAGGUGGACAUUCUCCAUAUAAUCUAAAAAGAUUAGAUAUGGUAAGUAACCCCUUUUUAAUUUUAACCUCCUAAGGACAAAAACAACAUAAAGUGUUGUAAUGUCAGGGACUAGCAUUUUAAUUGCAAAGUUCAAAUUAUUAAUCUUGGGAAUCCCUAACAAUUGGAACAUUUCAUUCAGAUCCAAGAACUGAAGAUAGGGUCAGUAGCACGUCAUGGCAGGCAUUCCUGUUUAGCUCAUAUUUUUGCCAGUUGUGUGUGGAUUACUUUCACAUCAAACAACUGUUAGGUGAUCAUGACUGCCUACUGUGAACAUAAGCAACUAUUUUUUACAUUUUAAAGGACAUUCUUAGAUAAUUUAGUUCAUUAAAGUGACAAAGUUUUCUUGAUUUUUUUUUUUUAAUGUUGAAUCAAGUUUAUUUUUAAAAAAAUAAACAGAUGCUUUUUGGUUUGUGUGCUUGGUUCUGUGAGAUUCAUAACUGAAAAGAUUUUGUUUCCUUUUAAGGCAAAGACAAAAAAGGAUUAUCAUCCAUGUUCAUUUUUCAUAUUUAAUAGUAAUGAUUUGUGAGAAUAACAUGUAAAUGACAUUUUAAUUAGCUUUUAAUUGAAUGUUUUAAAGUUUAUGUUUUUAAGAUCACUUACAUUUUCUUCUGUUGCUUGUUGUUAGGUCCUUGAGAUUAAUUCAACCCAAAGAAAGAGGGGUUUAUUGUUUUUUGUUGUUUGUUUGGUUUGUAUUUAGUGGAUUAGUUUUGUUUUAAUAUUAACAUAUUCUGAUGUACAGUGGUUUAAAAGGCCCAUUACCACAAGCAGUGUUCUAGCAUUCAACUAUGUAGUGUUGUACACAGAUUCUUAGCUUCUCUUCCACAAGGUGUAAUUAAGAUUGGUGAAGUUAUAGGCAAAUAGUGAAGGUGGCAAAUUGUAUAAGGAUUGUGUAUUUCUUAAAGGAUAAAAUCACACAAAUUAUGCAGGUGUCAAAAAUGUUUUGUAUGAUAAGGCAGUCCAGUAUGAAAGUUGUAAGCAAAAUAUUUGAAAAGAUUACUGUACACUCCAGAUUACUGAUGGAUACUCAUUGCUUGUGUUGUUCUAGUCUCUAGAGCUAAAGAAGUCAUUUAUCAUGGACCUUACAAACACAUGAAAGUUAGCAUUUGAAAGUAAAAAUGGGGGAAUUCCAAAUUUAGUGAAAUGAAAUUCCUUCAUUCAAAGUUUAAUAAUAAGGAUGAUGAUUAAAAUCUUUAUUUGUACAAAAAGCUGUGUUCCUCAUGAUGCAUAGAUAAAGCAUAAAUUGAUGAGAGCAGAUUUAUAAAAUGUGCUUACACUGCAAUUAAAACUGAAACAUCAACCCAUCCCCAGCAAUAAGAUCAAAAUCUUAGCUGUUCUGCUGGUACCUUUUUUUAAAGUGGUACUUUCAGGGGGCAAGGGGAUUUUGGGGAUAAGAGGACUUACCUAAUCACACAGAUGCUUUGAGUUCAUUGCUGCUUGUAAAAUUUUGAUAUGGACUGUCAGAAGCUUUGUUUGAAGUAGUAAUGCUUACUUUUCAUUCUGGAUUUUACUAAUAGUCAUGCAUGACAAUGAAAGAAGAUAAUAAAGGAAAGAUUGAUUUAAGCAUGACAGAAGGAAGCAGAGAAGAAAUGUUCUUGUUUUACAACAAAAUGUUAACGCUUAAGGUAAUAUGUGACAGAAAAAAGAUAAGAGGAAAAAAUGGUUUUGUUUACUUUGAAAUACGUUUAUUCUGGAGUUACAGAUUUUAACAUGGAGAUAGUUUGACAGCCACAAGUGCCAAUUUGUUUUCAAGUGACUGGUUUUAGUUUAUUGGAACAUUUUAGUCACCAAGUCUGGGCAAAUGUUUGGAACACAAAUCUUUAAACACACUUCUUUCCAGGAUUUUAGAUAGAUAUCACAAAACUUGGGUCACAGUCAUUUCAGUGGACGAAGUCAAAGCUCAUGCUGUGGCCUUCAUUAACAUCAGGAGUUGAAUUUUAAUUCCACUUACAGGUGCUUUUCCCCAAAUGAAAAUAAUUUUAGUAGCAUUGUAAACUAAGAAUAGCAGCACAUUUAAACUUAAUUUCAUGUUGGACGUAAAUUAGCUUAUAAAGCUGUGUAAAACUUGUGAUGAUUCUUACAAAUUAUACAGGUAAGGGAGUAUUUGUUUCUUCUAAACAGUGUACUGGUUUUUUCCAAUUUAUAAAGGAGAUGAGCAGGGUUUUCAAGUACCCAAAAUGAAACACUUGUCAUUUUGAUUUGACGAAAAAAUCCUGCAUCAAAUUUUGUGUGUGUCUGUGUUUAUGAAUACAAGUAUCUUGAGGGUGUCAGGGAAAAAAUCUACCACAAUAAGAAAAUGAAUCAAUUGUCUAUCUUUUGAAGCCCCUUAAAAAAAGAAAGAGGUGUAACAGGUUGUUAUUAGUACUUUGUUUUUAACAUCACCCCAUGCAUUCUUAAAAUGAUGCAGAUUAGGUUGUCACUGUACUAGUGCUGUGCAUGUUUGUUUCCCCAUAGGAGGAGAAUUCCAUGAAAGGAACAACUAAAAUACAGAAGUUUAAAAAGCUUACUGUCCAUUCACAACAGCAUAAACAACAAAAGAUCUUUAAGACUUUACAUUUUAAUGCUGGUUUAUUAUUAUUUAUUAAUUCAUCAGUGAGUUCUUUACACAUUUUUGUUUGAUUUUACAGAAAAGAUAUUGUAAGUGAACAGUAACAUAAUACAUGAUUACAUAUUAAGAAGCAGGAAAUCUAUAUCAUGAGUAAUGCAGAAAAUGUUCAAUUUAUUAUCACAGGUUUUUUAGGGGUUUUUUUAAAAUUAAAACUGCUGAUACUUCUAGAAUGCCUUUUAGUCACAUUAUGGCUGAACAAAUGUACAAUUUUUAAAAUCAGUUUUCUUUGAAAUGUAACUGUGUUUUUAAAAUUAAUUUGUUUCAAAAGUUUAGGGACAUGAAGUUGUACAUUCUCAGAUCUAUAUAUAUAUAUCAGACAGCCCAUCUGUAUACACAGUGUGAUUUUUUUUAAUUCAAAAUUUUUGCCUCUCACUCUGUCUGCUAAAUAAAGCUCUGUUGAAUGGAGGCUGUUUUAAACUAUUUUUAUGUCAGAUUUUUUUUGAUCUGUAAUAGAUAUUUCAGACUGGUAUCAGAACAGACAGAGAAAUUUGUUUCAGCAGUGCUCUAGAAAAUUCAUUUCAAAGGUUUUUUUCUUUAAAGGGGGAAAAAGUCCAGGUCCAGCAAUUAAAUAUUUAAUUGCUCAUAAAUAUCUGUUACAUGAACCAAGGAAGAAAAGGGUUUUUCAUGACUCUGAAGUGGUUAAGCAUACUCAUUCGCUAAAGAUUAAAAGUCAUAUGUGACAGAAGAUGUGAUCAUUUAGAGAUAAACUGUGAAAGUGUGAGCAACCUUAGUUGUUGUUUUUAAGUUACGUCAGGGAUUACCUUUUUUUUUUUUUUUCAACCACCCUUCCCUCACCCUACCCACCUGACCCACCUAUUUGCUUACAUCACUUAGUAAUUUAAGUAUUAACACAUUGUAGCCAUGGUGAUAGCUAAAGUAGUAGCACAGUCAUAAAUGCUAGCAAUGUGAUAUAUAUAUAUAGUUACUCUUGUGUUGAUGUAUCUCUGCAGUCAGGAAAUUUUUUAACACCCAGUGACAGUAUCAUCUUUUACACACACACACAAAGUCUGAAAGGAAAUAGGACAUCAAACAAGGUUUUGCUGUCUUUCUUGAAAUUUGUGACUGAAAACUACAAUUUCUGCAACUAAUUACUUUGAUCCAUCUCUCAAUGUACUUAAGAAAGUCCAUGUGCUAUAAUAAUAUAGAGUCUUUGUAUGUGAGAGAGAGUGUGUGUGCUAUAAUUAUGUAGUCUUUUUUGUGUGUGUGUGUGUGCACAACAUGUGCAUGAGCUUACAUGCAAAUGCAUCUACAUCAUCAACAGGAGUGAGUCUGGAAACAUAGAUACAGCAUAGUGUGUUUAUGACUGUUUAUAUCACAACUUGUAUUUAUGUCCUAACUGUAAAUGUUUGUAUGAUUUUGAAUAUAAACACAUUCAUUUCAGUUUUUUAACAUGCAAAUAUUAUGGAAAGAAUACUCUGUCUUUGUUUUUGUAAUUUUUGGAGGGAGGGGUGCUUUGUCACAAUGCCUGUAGCAGUCAGUUUCAAAGAUCAGGGAAUAUGUUAAUCAAGUCCAUGUCGAAGCCUAAAACCCUGCUGCAGGCAAGUGUUAGCACUCCAGGGAAGUCCAUCAAUAUUCCGUUAUGACAGAGUCAAGGUAUUGUUGGAGAAACUAUUACCCAGUUUCUUCAGCCUCUUGAAUUUGGUUCUGUGCCUUUGUAGGUGCAACUGAAUUUAAGUCACAUGAAUAUGUUGUGAAACAUGUGAGUGCAUAAUGUGAACCCGCAUGAAUGUAAACAGAUGCUUGCCUUGUCUCAGUGCUCUCCCAUUUUUCCAUGUGCUGGAGUGCACAACAGUCCUUAUUUAUUCAUUAAAUAAGAUCAUGCUGCCAGUUCGUCCAUCUGACCAAACUGAGGCAGGAAGUAGAGCACACAGAAAAAAAACUACCAAAAGAAAAACAGGUAUUUUGUCAAGUUGUGCAGGUAUAGAUUUUAAGUACUUGCUAUAGUAAAAAAAAAAAUUGAUCUUUUCUUUUCUUUCCUUCUAUCUCUUGAGGGUGGAAAAGCAAACAAGAUCAUUCUGUUGAAACUUGUAUAAGCAUGCAGAGCAUCUGUUGCUUGUGCAGCACUCUGAUACAUCUUCCUGCAGAAAUCUCUCUGCUCAUCAGCAAGAACAGUCUAUUCAAAGCCUGACGCCACCUGAGAAAAAUCUGUUCAUUUACUUGUUCACUAUUCUUAAUGCCGACAGUGUUGGUUCAUUCUUGUUGGAUGUCUUGUACUUUGUUCCAUAGCAACAAAAACCCCAUUUUGAGAGAUAAUCUGUGACUUCAGUGCUUUGUAAUUUGAGUGGUGAAUCAUGCAGGACACCAUUUUACUUACAGAUGAAAACCAAAAGAAAUGUGGCCAAACUCUUUAAACAUGACCACUUAUGCACUUGAUGCUUUCUUCAGUAUUGGCGUGCUUGUUCUCUUCGUAGAUUGAUAUUUGCCAUGUCUCGAAGGCGCAUUAUGACUGCAUUAAGCUCCUUGUAUACUUUUAAAAAGUUAAACCCAAGAGGCUUACUAUCAGUUGCAUGGGAAUCUAGAUUGUAAUAUGCAUUAGAAAAUGCUUGCAUCUCAUAGUGUAAUUCUCAAACAGUGGCUUGCUUAUUAGUAACAAACAAAACAAAAUAUAUAUAGGUUUAGUAUAUAGGCUGUUAUAAUUUGCAAUAAACAUUGAUAUGUUUGAGCCCAAAAACUGCAUGCACUAUGUGGCCUACAAAAAAAAAAGAUUUAAAUUAUUUUUAUUCUUUUAUGUUUUUGAUUUGAUAUGUUAGGGGUCUUUCUGUUCCCUUUUAUGGCAACUGCUGAUGCCUGUUCCACAACUGAUUUGAUUUUUUUUUUUAAUUAUUUUAUUUUAGUUUUUUUUUUUUUUUUUGUAUUUUUAAGUGUCAUACAUCACUACCCAGAAAAAAAAGUGAGCACAAGAUAAAUUACGAAAGUCAUUCUAACCAUACAUUUUGUGACCACAUUUUAAAGCAGAAAGAUCAGCUGGUGACGUUUGUUGUGAAGUCACUUAUUUUUUAUGAUUUGACACUGUUAAAUUCACUGCAAGAAUUAUGUAUAUGCUAAUCUGUAAUGGUCUUAGGGCAGCAUGAAGCUGUUUGUUGAGAUAAGUAGUUGAUGUUCCAGACAGCCAAAGGUUUUGUGCAUACAUGUUGAAGUUAACUGUGCAGUAGUUAGUCGAGACAGCAUGCAGGUAUCUGUAUGUGCAUGUGUGUGCACACAUAUGCACUAGUAAAUUUGAAACAAAAACUUCUAGUUGACUUAAAUACAAAGAUCUUAUUUCAAACAAGAUUUUUUAUGGAUUUUUUUAUCCAUGUUAGUUAUAGAUAUAUCAACCCUGGCUGAUUUUGUGGCUAGCUGGAAACUAUUAUUGUUCAGGGGCUGGGGAGACUAUUUAAAGACUAGGGUGGGUAGUACGUUGGACACAAGCUUUUAAAGUAAGGAAGGUCUGAUGUAUUUACUUCCGUGGUUGUGUUUCUGCAGUGUUCGGGGUGUAACUGAUCCAGUGCAGCAUGUGAUUUCUGAAACCUUAGGUUAAUGAGUGAAUGAAGAGUGCUUGGAAUUCAGGGACUAAUUAUAUGUUGACUGUGUUAACUUUGCAAGCACUCGCCUUCCUUUGUCAGGGGAUGGUAGAAGUCUUCAGUAAACUGGAAUGUCUGCUGGCUGGCCAUCAGCAGAUUUUUGCAGUGUGUCAGCUCACAGCUUCCAGGCAUCGGUGAUUGUCACUUACUUUGUUGCCAGAACCUCAAAAAAAAUUUAAAAAACUAAUGUUAUCUCGCCUUUGACAAUAAGUGUUAUGUAAAUAGACUGACCUAGUCCUCACCCUUGGUGUAACCCUGCCAUAGUUAUUCUCCACUGCAAAAAAGGAAAUGUUGACUGUAGAUGUAGUGCAUUUUUAUUAUAAUAUUGGUGCAUUCUCUUGGUCUGUAUUUGUGCCGAAGUAUGAUCUGGUGUCACAAAAACUGACAGAUUUAUGUUUCUGCUUGCCUGAUUCAAGUGCAAAGGUGUAUGUGUAGGUUUGUGCGCAUGUUGUAUGUUUUUGUAUAUGCACAGAACCAAACUAGAGCUUUUAUGUGAUGUGAGGUCUUGUGAAUUAAAAAAUUAUUCAACCAUAGAAAUGGAGCUAGGGUUCAGCUCAUAUUCACAUGUGCAAAGCCUGGCUUUCUGGCCUCAUCUGUGCAAGGGGGAUGUAACGCUUAAAAUGUUGUUGCUUUCCUUAGCAGGUGUUUAGAUUUUCAACUUGAAAAUGUUUGUGUACUUUUAUGUUGACUUUGAGUUGCCCACACACUCCACACUUACAGGCUUCCUGCACUAAUCUACUUCAUGCUUAUUAAGCUGCUGCUCUUAAUAUUGGAGAUGCGGAGAUUUGUGCUGACAGCUCUUAAUACAAAACUACACAUUUCAAAAUAGUUUAUUAUAAUAGUAAGUAGUGAAGAGUUGACAGUAUGUGUGAAAAAGUAAUUUCCAUAUUUUUAUCAUGUAAAGCAUAUUAUUUCAUUAUCACCAUCUCUACAGUUAACCACAGCAUCUUUUUUGUGUUUGAAAUGGGACCAAACCAUCUUUCAUUUACUUUUGCCCCGUAUAUGCAAAAACUAAUAAAAAGCAUCUGCCAAAAUCUCUUAAAAGUUUAAAUUGAAAGUUGUAAUUUUUUUUUUUUUGACAGCAUAAAGUUCAGGCUGUUCCAUGAUUUUCUGUUACAAUAGCACGACAAAUGGGUCUGAUGUUCCUAAAAGAAAAGUAAAAAUGAUUGUCUAUCACCAACAUUUUUGAAGUGGAGGUGUACUAACAAACAAAUCUGUAUCAAAAAUCAUGUUGAAGUUUUAUACACAAUAUUCACUUAAUAAAGCUAAGGAUGCAUGUCUCAUUAGCACAACUGCCUGCAUGAUUGUUGAUGGAAGAUUUGUUUGCUAAGACAUGAGGUCAAAAUAAGUUUGUUGUCCUCGGGGAUUUGUAAGUGCAUCAUCAGAAGGUGAAAAUGAUCUAUUCAUACCUAUGUGGAAUUCAAGUUGAGACGACCUUUUAUCAGAGUGUUUGUGUGUGCGCUUACAUGUCUGUUUCAUGUGAUGUGUGUAUAGAAAGGGUUUUUUUUUUUUUUAAAAAAAAAGGUAAAUGUCACCUUGAAUAAUUGGAGAAAGUGCUCUAAAUUGAACAACCAUCCCAAAAUGUAUUUAUUUUUAGAUGCAUUUUUUCAGUCUUAACCACCCAUUAGAAGUGAAUGUGCAUCAUAAAUAUUGCUAUCAAAAUAUACCCAGACUUUUUUUAGAUUAUAAUAAAUGGCCUGCAUGCAGAGGGGUGGUGAAGCAUGUGCAUAAUCGUUCUAAUUAAAAAAAAAACAACCUCAUCACAGAUCAUGGAGAUGUAUUAUAUGAUGAUGUUGAGGUGAAAUAUAGCAGCCAGCAUGUUUACCCCAUGUGCAGUGUUAAGAGUAGAAAAUGGAUUGGUCUUAUCAACAGGGUUUUUGUAGAGUGAAACAUAUCUUGUGUGCUGGUAUAUGGUACAGUUUCUGGCCAGACGCAAGAGAGAGUAACUGCAUUUUAUUCUUUACCUCCAGGGACUGACCUGUUUAGUGCCAGUAAUAAGAGAUAUUACCAGUUUUUGGUGUUUAUUGACUUUUGUAAGAGGAUAGGAAAUGACCUUUUGUAAAGAGGGAGCAGCCUGGGAAGAGGAGUUGAUAAGGAGACAUGAGUAAUCUGUCUUUUGGUGUGUGUGUUUGUUUUUGUUUGUUGGGGGAGGGGUAAGGGGUGGGAAUGGCUGUUGAGUCUGUGAUCAUGGACAGCAGAAUACUUGCAAGUGAUUGGAUGAUUUCGGCAAUAGUUGCUUCAGCUUAGACUUGUCACCACUUGCUUGCCCCCUCCCCCCACUUUAUUUUUUAGCCUUUGUAUAUCAUGUAGAGCACGAAAUAGGAAUGCAGAAUGGAUUGGUUCCUAAUUCGUAUAGACUUUUAGAAAAGAAAGUAGAAAGAAUAACGAUUGCUUCAUUCUUAUCUGCAUGAAAGCAAAACUCUUACCGUUGAUCGUUGCGAACGUAGAGGAAAGUGGUUCGUGCGACCUAAAGAAGGCAUGCAAGGUACCUCGACGUGCAGGUGACUGUCUUGCAUCGCCUGCUCCCGUGUGCGCGUUAGUUCAGGUGAGAAGCGCGUCCCUCCAUGGGUGAGCUGGUUUGCAGGCGUGUGACGACGACGGAAAAGUGGUGUCUGGCGCCCCAUGACCUCCAGAAACCAGGGUGCUUUGGUGGACUUUCACUCUCCGUGGAUUUCUGUUCUUAUACCCCCCCCCCAUUUUUUUUUCUGGUUGGCGAGAGAGGAGGCGGUGGUGGGGAGAUCGCAGCAAGGUCUGGUUGUCUCUACAGGCUGGCAUGCUCCUGACAACUCCUCGAACAACUUGUUUCGCCAGAAGAGCGAGGAGACUUGUUCAGAAACAUGGAACUGUUCCUGUGUGUCGAAUGCGACCGGUCUGCCCCCCACUGACCACCACCCUUGCACACCAGUGGCUAUUCUUUUUUUCCACCUCCUCCCCUUGACGUCUUGGAUAAUGGGCUUCAUAGUGUGGAUCAUUUGCUUUUCAUUGUGCUCUCGGAAAAGGCUCGAGCAGCAUUUAGCUAAGCUGGCCGGCCGCUCCGUGUGAGCUGGGAUCCAUAACUGUCCACUCUCUGCGCUCUGUCGUCUUACGGAUCAUAGUUGAUGGCUCCAUCCUUGCUGACGCUUGACAAACACGAGUCUGAUAUAGUUUCACGCCGAGUAGCUUUGUUUUGGGAGGGGGACUUUUUUAUUAUCUCCCAACAGAGACUAUAAUAUUCAGCAAACGAAGUCAAAGGGAAGACAGUUGUCUUGCAGUGGGUUCAACACCUUGGAGCUUGUUCCUUCUCGGCAGUUGACUCGGGGGUUUCCUUGCCGGAGGAUGUACCCUCACUGGUUUUAUAGGUUGCAGGGCUUUUGUCUUGCGGUUUCUCGGUCUGAAAUUGGGGGAGGAAAAAAGCAAAGGGACCAAAUUUAGGCCAAAAGAGAAAACCUGCAACUAAUGUUGACUACGCUGUCGGAACAUGCUUUGUUUGAAGAUAUAUCUUGCUACCACCACCACCCACCGUCUUCACCUUCUCCCCCUCAGGCAUUUUUUUAAUAAUUUUUCCGUCUCGUUGACAUUGUUGGGGGUAGGGGUCGGAGGAAGGUAUGUAUUAUUAGUUCAGAUAUAGGAGGUCGCUGUUCUUAAUUUCAGGGACAGAUUAACUCACUGUUAGAUCGCACCGAAACUAAGCAUGUUCAAAGGCCCAUUUCUGUUUCUUUGCCUCUGAUUUAUCACUGUGAUUAUAUAUAAUUCGUGCCGGUUCCUUUGAAGAAUCUUCUUGUGGUUUUGUGGAUCCGGGUUUGCCAGUUUUAUGGUUAAUGCGAGUUGCCGAUACCGCAUUGAAGAGAGAUGUCCCUACAUUGUCAGUUGAUAGGAACUAACGCGAACAAAUGAAAAAAAGUAAUUUUUUGUUAUAAAAGCCAUUGUGCGUCGCGUUGGGUGGGUUUUUGUUGUUUUUUUUUGUUUUUUUUCGAAAGAGGAGCACGGUUGUUCUCGAGGUGGUGUUUGUAAGGCGGACCAGACAUGCUUCUGUUACUUGCUGCCUGACGUGCCUCAGUCAGUUUGUCUGACGCGCUGCUGAACUUCCAUGUCUGACGCACUUACCACUCUCCCCAGCUCUCCAGCCCUGGUCGUGAGACUAACAGUUUUAAGGAGAAAACGGAGAUUCACGCAUUACUAUGACUAAAGCCCUUCUAUUGUGACUGUCGCCUUUCUGUCUUCUGCUCAAACCUACAACCGCUUUUUUUCUGAGACAAUGAAAUUGCUGUUGGCUUCUUCCGCCGUCUUAUUCCACGAUCAAAGAGGUGCACUGAUGCUCGAGUAUCUAUCUACCUGUGAAGUGUGCGUCAUAGGUGAGGUCUGGUGGUCAGAAGGGUCAUGUGACCCACGUAUGCGUCUUACAGCUUGCGUCCACGCGUUGUUUAGUUUCACCGGACCUUGGAUAGUGUUUCGGUUUGCGCUUUAAUUUUGCUGUUUGUAGUUUAGCCGUGGCUGGCUCUAGGAACGGUAGCCAGCAGUCUUGGAGUAAUGUUGCACUUGUUGGCAAAACGAGUGUCUAGGGUUUUGUUGGCGCCGCAAAGCUGACAUGGUUAACCAGUGUUUGUUUGGUGUAAUCACGUGUACUAGAGUUUUAGUUUCGCUUACUCCGGAAUCCGUUGCAUGGAGAGAAUGAUGGCCUGUUGACUCAAGUCUUUCUGCCUGCUGUAGGCCGAGGCGUCUGGCUCCAGAUGUGUGUAGCUUCAGGCAGUUGGCAGCUGCUACCGAACGUUGAAAGUUGUGCUUCUUUCUUGACAAAUCGUUCAGCCAUAUGUGAAAUGAUUGCGACAUUACUCAGAAAACGCGGUUUGUAAACAUGUCAAAAUGGUUUGUCAGAUUGCCUUUCCGAUCCCCAACUCCAAGCUGUGAUUGUCACUAGCGGAUGUCAACAACUCCAUGCAAAACACCGAGAGUGGGUUUAAUGCUGAUCGAGAGAAACGUGUCCAAAUUACCCAAAUUAUUGCCCAUCGUUACAGCAGCCUUGACCUCGCUGCAUUUUUUUUUCUUUUUAUGACUUCCGACCUCCAACUGACGGAUGGUGUGAUCGGUGUGUUUUUACGCGUCAUUUUCUUUUAAUUGUUGUUGUUUACAUUUACGACAUUUUAGGAGCGGAAUACCAGUUAGAAUGCGUGCUCGUGAGCUUCUGUGUAUGUGUAAGUGCAUGUAUGCAUACAUUCUGUCCCUCCAUAGAGCCAGUCUGCGAACAUCACUCCAGUAGAAAGCAAGUCUGUUACUUUGGUAGAAGUGAGCGCUUUCAAUGGCAGACUGUAGUUUGAGGAUGAAAUGGCUAUUUUCUGGAAGUGCACACUCAAAACUAGACUUCUACACCCUUUCCUUCCCCUUCUCUUUUCUUACCCGUUUAAAUUUUUGUACAAAAAAAAUGUUUUAAACAUUUGAUUGUUUUUUAAAAAUUAUUUAUUCAUGCUACUGCGGUUUCUUUUUCGUUGGUCAUGAUGUGAACACUUAUACUACCAUGAAAAUAAAAUGAGAUGGAAACGAAA